AUGAUCUCCGUGGAGAAGGCUAAGUCUGAGUCCGAGUCAGCAGCCCGCCGCCAGCCGUCUCUUAGACCUGACAGACGGAACAGCAAGGAACGGAAAGACGACGCUAAGGAGAAUCAGGAUACAAAAGACGGUACUGAGAAAUCUGAAUCAAAACCUAAAAAGGAAGGCGAGAUCUCCGGCGCUGAGAGCACCAGAUCUACGUCACGUACCCGUGAAAAAUCACACCGUUCUGAUAAGGAUAGAGUAAGGCGUAGCUCAAGAAGUCGUGAACGAAGGCGGUCCCCACGAGAGGUGCUCUCGUUUUCAAAGAUAUGGAAGGAGCGUGAUGUAGCUCGAGCUCGUGAACGUUCGAGGGCUGCUCGUGAAGAAGAACGAAGGAGGCGGGCGGCGGAGGACGCGCUCAGAGAGAGGGAGAGGAGACAGAGACAAGAGAAACAUAGACUCACUAUAGAGAGGGAGAAGCUACGGGCUGAGAGGGAAAAGAUUGAACGAGAGAAGAAUGAACUUUUGAGAUUAGAGAGGGAGAGACAUAGAUUAGAAAGAGAAAAACUUGAAUUGGAGAGAUUGGAAUUGAAAAGGGCUCAACUAAGGUUAGAAGAGGAGCGUCGUAAGCGUGGCUAUGAGAGUACGGCUUACCGCAAGGCAGCAAGUCCUCCUGAACCCUCCUAUGAUAGGGACGCGAGACACAAACGACCACCGCCGCCUACUAUGCAGACAUCGAGUCGCGGUCAAUUCGAAGCGCCGCCGCCGCCGAGGUUUGAGUUGACUGGAGGAUACGACCGGACAGACAAACGAGACAGAGACAGGGACUACAAGAGAGAUUAUACUAGACAUGUGGCCUCUAACAACAUGAAAUAUCCACCAAAUGGCAGUGCUAGUGAGGACACGAGACAGCAACUACCGCCUGGUACUAGACCUAAAGAGCCAAGUCGAUCAUACGACUCGAGGGAAGGUCGUUCGUACCGUCCCUCUCCGCCGGGGAAACCUGAACCGCGCAGUUGGAACGCCUCCAGUCGAUACCCGGAGGCCGCGGCGCCCACUAAAGGUUGGAUUACAAUUAUAAUAACAUCUAUGGCGGGUAGCGGUAGCGGCAGUAGUAGCGAGCCGUGGUCGGGCGAGGCUCGGUACGGCGGGUCGUACGAGGCGCGCUACCCACCCGCUUAUCAACCUCAGCCGCCCGGCGCCGCUUACCCCGACCGAUACGUGCCCGCGGCGAGGGACUACGCUAGGAAAUACUGA